GCCGGCGCUGCUGCCGCCGGAGAAGGCUGUGUGCCGGCGGCGGGCGCGGGGCUGCGCGCGGGGAGAGGCGCUCGCCGGGAGAGGUCGGGCGGGCGGCGGCCGCGCCGGGAGCGGGGUGCGGGGAGAGGCGCGACGCGGGGCGGGCGGGCUCCGGCGGGCUCGGCUCCCGAGGAGGGAGCGGGCGGGGGACGGCGCGGGGCGGCCGCCGAAGUUUGACAGCGCCGCCGGGUCCCCCUGCGCCGGGGCGGCGGCGGGGCGCGGGAAGGGCGGCGGGCGCCCUUGAGCGGGGCGCGGGCGGCGGCGGGGCCGGGGGGCGCUCGCGGGGCACCCGCUAGGCCCGGUGACCCACUUUGCUCCUGUCACAACUCCCGGGCACGUUUGGAGCGCUGCCCGCCUGGCCCGUCGCCCGGCCCGGCCGCUCCCGGCAGCGCGGCGGGCGGCUGCAGGCCGCGUCCGGGCCCGGGGCGCUGCGGGGCGGCGGGCGGCGGCCCUGCGGCAGGUGGGGCGGCGGGCGGCCGCGGUCCUCGCGGGGAGGCGGCUCUCGCGCUUUCGGUGCUUUCAGGCGUUCCCCGUAGAAACUUGGUGGCGGUGGCCGCGAGUGCGCUACCGAGCGCUGCUGCUCACGCUGAGGCUGAGGGUCGCUCCGCGCUCCUCUGGCUCUGGGUGCAGUGAGAGCGCCGGGGGUCGGUGCGCAGCCCGGGGCCGGGCCGGGCCCUGUCGCCCCGCUUUCCACGCGUGCCCGCUGAAGGGAGCCGUGGGGUUCUGGUUGGUUUCGGUUUCCGAUGGCUUGUACCUUGGGCCGGGGACAUAAACUCGGAAUGUGUUUUCAUGAAGAGCAGCGCUUGUAAACUCCCCGGGGGUAUUUACACUGACAUCUUGUAAGGGCAGGACUCUCCCUUAAGCGCUGAACGUUGACCUACGGAGAGACAGAAGGAAAGCGAGGCGCAGCUGUGCUGGGACGCACAGAGGUGUGGAGAAGCACAGUGGCCGAGCACGGAUACCGAUCCCCUAAAUCCUGACAGCGGGAGUGCUGUGGUGGCACGGUUUGACAUGCAGCGCUGUGGGCCGGAGCUGCUGGCCCUCCUCUCCCGCUGCCCUCAGCCCCACCAGCACCACGUUGUGUGGAGCCGCGUCCCGCAGAAGGCCGGGAGCGAUCCCGGUUAAAAUUAACUACCUUUUUUUUUUUUUUUUUGAUGUGGUUAUAUUUAACCUCGCUCAUUGCUCUGGGUGACAGGUGUGCCAGAAGGCAAGAGGAUUGUUAGGGCAAAUGCGCCAGUGAAAGAAGUGCUUGAGAAAUACACCGUGACCGGGGCAGUCCUGGCAGGGCUGUGCGAGCAGCUGGGUCACGCUUCUGUCGUAUCACACGGGAGUAAAACUGCCCUUAUCUGUGGGUAUCUGCGGGUUUGAAACCGGGCAGCAUCUGAUUGUUUUAAUAGGGAAAUUCUACUUGAUAGACUGCAUGCUUUGCAGAUCUUGCUACUGAUUUUCACGUGUGUAUCCAUUCGAGGCCCUUUGUUAAAAGGAAUAAAGGCACUGCUUUCAGAUAGAUAAAGCACUGAACGUUUGGGUUGGGGUUUUUGUUUGGAUGUGAGUGCUAGUGCUGUGAAGGGGUGAGAAUUUUGUGAAGAAUUAUCCCUUUAAGAAACAGUCCACGUGGUUAAAAAAAGAGUCUGAAAGCCUCCCAGGUUUGAUGUUUGAUACUUUAAGAUGUUAUUCAGGCAUGCCGUGCUUUUUAAUUCGUCUGCAUCAUAUUCUUACAUCAAACAGUUUAACUUACAUAGGUAAAAUAAAGGAUAUGAGUAAAGCAGUGAGUAUUUUUUUAAUGCUUGAAAGAGCUCAUAAACUCCCUCCUGUAACUAAUUUUACUACUUUUAUGCUCAACAAUAUAAAAAUGGAGCGGUAAUUACUUUUAAUUCCUGGUGCUGGUUAAUUAUCUUGUUAGCGUAGAAUUUCACUGAAAUCAUAAAUCUUCAUAGAUUGGCCUUGUUGAGGAAAUUGCUGCUUUCAAAAGCUUUGAGCUUUUGCUGCUUUUUGGCCCUAGUCAUACUCUGGACGGAUUAUUAAUGCAUUAGCAAUAGAAACAUCGCCCUCUGGGUUCUUUAUAUGAAGUGACUGUAUCAAGGUAGAGUUCUUGAGUUUUAGGACACGGAAUAGACCUGUGUUGAAAAUAGUUGUGAAUUGAAAUCAGUGGGUAAUUUCAUCAUUUGGAAACAGCCCCUUUUUAGCUCUGCACCCCUCCUUCACAGAGAGGGGCACUGUGUCCGGAGCUGCACAGCUCCAGCCUCGCUUUGCAGUUGAUGAAUACAGGUAUAAAUAUUUGGCUGCCUCUUAUUUUCUCUUAAUGCCCAGUAAUUGCUAGCAGCCUUGUUAUUCUGAGUUCAGUAGUGCAUCAGAAUAGAAGGAGGUGUAAGAAGUGCACCUUUGGUCAUGCAGCAGAGCCUGAAGUGAAAGAUUCCAGUGCUGCGCUGUAAUGCUGGCACAGGGGAACACAGCCAUUCCCAUCGGGAGGAUCUCUCGUUCCCUUCUGUGUGGUUCACCUGGGGAAAGCAGCUCAUAAUUGCAGCUGGGUGCUUUAUUAGCUCAGGUAAUGGGCUUUGGUGGUAGUUUGAAACUGUUAGGUGUUCCCCAGUUCGUUUGUUGCAGGAGUUAAGAUGUGAUGGGAGAGGAAGAAGACUCAUGGUUAAUGCAGCUGCCUGCUGCCCUGAAGGAUUGAAUUCUCAGCCCCUACUGCUGCCACAAAAUGCCUUUGUAAUGCAAAGGCCGCUUUAAUUUUGGCAUACCUCAUGCCUGAGUGUUUAAUUUUAUGGCCUUAAUGUUCUCUUACCGUAGUUUUAAUGUAUAAUAUAAAUUGUUAAAUACAGCUGCUUUCAGAACAUGUAAUCGCGUAUUUAAAAAGUUUCAGUGCUUUGCAGUUCCCGUGUAUUUAAUACUAAGUAGAAGCAACAUGACUUCGUUCAUAGAGUCUUUUGUCACUUUACUGUUUGCCUACUUUGGACUCCUUCCAGCCGUUACAUUUUGUCAUUAGAAUCACUGAAUUAGCUUUCUUCCUCUGCAGUGAUGUUCUGAGGAGCAAUGCUGAGUAUAUCAUAAAGUCAUCUGUAGUAAUAGUAAUAUUUUAUUCAAUAUGCACCCAUUAGAGGUAGAUACACCGUGUGAGAUUCAGAACUGAUAUUUCGGUUGAAUCUUGUGAAGCCGUGGGGAUACUGUGGGCAUUCCUCAUCUUCCCAAUAAAGAUGCAUCCAAGUGAGGCGUAAGAGUGGUGACAAGUGCUUUGUCCUUGUAGUAGUGUUUAAUAAUCUGUAAGUGUGUGAGAAAGCUUCAGUUCUAGAGCUAAAACCGUUUGGCUCGUUAGGGCAGCCUGCCACCACAGGACAAAUGGCAUUGGAGUAAUAUCCUUAUGUUAAAACAGAAUGAAACAGUUCUUGGAGAAAGAUCCGUUUUAAGUGAAUUUAAAAAUAAAUACUGAAAUAUAAACACUGUGAGGUUCUGUAGAUGUAAAAAGGUAUUUGCGGGUGUUUCUGAGGAGGUUUUGAUGCAUGUUAUUUUGAUAUCUGGGCAGACUCAAAAGGAGUAGAGAGGAGUCAAAACUGUGAUUUAGAUGGGUUCUGAAUAUCUAGUCCAGCACGACCUUUUAGCCACGUGUUGGCUGUGUUUUUACAGGUCUCUGUAAAAAGUUUUCCAGGCACCUUGAAGCUUUGUUCUCACUCACAUCCUCCGUGCUCUUGUCAAAACGGAGCAUCUUGGCACCUCCGCCUGCUUAGUAUUCAUAAAUUGGGCAAUCUGUAAAUUAGGCAUUCCCUUGUCCGAAGGCAUGUUCAAACCGCACCUGAGUCACACCUAUGGGAUUGGACUCGGGCCGAUCUGGUGACUCUCCCUUUUGUUCAGAAGCACAAAGGAGGGACGAGGUAGAGGUUUUUUUGAUGUCUCUUUCAAAAAAAACCCCAAAACUCAGAUGCUGCCAGCAACAACAAAAAACCCAAGCACUAAAAAUGCACUUUUCACUGCGUUCAGGGUGAUUAAAGCUUAAUUGGGCAAAAGAAAAACACUACAGUGCUUGUUUUCUUGGAGCUGGGUGUGAAGGAGGUGGGCAGCUGUGUUGUGGCCUCUUCCAAGAGCUCUUCGGUCUUUCCUUCCAUAUAAAACUUUAAAUGCCCUUUGGGAAUGGGAACCAGAACUCUUCUCUGUCACGUUGGGACCCAGAGAGGUCUGCACGCUGUCCAGCAAGCCUUUUACUUCUCAGUUUUUCUCACUUGCUCUGAGGACUGAUGCUGGAAGGAGAGGUCAAGAGUUGACCCAGCUUCCAGCAUAGCGUGGAGCCUGCAGAGAGGCCGUGGUCUGAAACCCUCUGGAGAGUGGCUGUCAUUUCUCUGUUCUGGCUUACUGUGCUGUAAUUGUGCUGCUGGACAAAAAUGAGAACGCUGAUUUUCCCUCUCACUGGUGUGUCUUGAUGGGAAAAGCUUAGCUAUAUACAUCAGGAUUGCGAGUACUAACCUUACCAGUGUCCUAGUCCUUCAGAAACGGGUCUGUGUAUCUACUAACUUCUUUAGAAGUAUUGCUGAUGAGUGCAGCUGUCCCUGGCUUUGGUACUUACUUUUUCUACAGCUACUUUGAAGGAGGUUGUAGUGAGGUGGGGGUCAGCCUCUUCUUGCAGGUAACAGUGACAGGAUGAGAGGUAGCAGCUUUAAGUUGUGCCAGGGGGAGGGUUCAGGUUGGAUAUUAGAACUGAAUUACUAACAUCUUGUGGUAGUGGUUGAGCUAUGAGACACCUGGAAGGGGAAUGCCUGGGAAUGGGCUUGUCAUCCAGCACAGCAUUUAACUUUUAGGUGCUUAAUAGUAGGGUGCAGUAUUGUUAACAAUGUAAUACUAACACUGUAGGUAAAAAUCUUAAAAGACUUCAGCAUGCUGCUCCCUAGGUAUGUGAGAAUAUCUCAGGUGGCUGAUCUCAGGUCCCAUAAACAUCCCAUUGACUGCUGACCUGACAGUUAGCCAGGAAGUUCCAGCACUGCCUUGUGAGUACCAUCAGGAAGGUGUUUGUGAACGUGUUAGGGACAGCCCUGUAACAAGUGGCCCUUGGAAGAAAGGGCCUCUGCCAGGGAAGGUUUGGGCUGGAUAUUAGGAAAUACUACUUCUCUGAAAGAGUGGUCAGGCACUGCAUGGGCUGCCCAGGAAGGUGGUGGAGUCACUGACCCUGGAGGUGUUCAAGGAACGUUUGGACGUUGUGUUGAGGGACAUGGUUUAGCGAGAACUACUGGUGAUGGGUGGAUGGUUGGACUGCGUGAUCCUGUGGGUCUUUUCCAACCUUAGCGAUUCUAUGAUUCUAUGAAAGAGGAAUGAUAAUGUCUGCAUUUCUUAAUAUGCAUUAAAAAAAAUGAGGAGAAACAUACAAUUUUACACAUUAAAUGAUUACCGUGGAGAAUAUAUGAGCGUGAGAUAGUAAGAUGUACAGUAAGGAAGAAAGAAUGCUUUAAAAUAAAUUGCAUUAACGUAGCUAACUUCAUAUUUCCAGUUCCAAGAAUUCCGCUGCUGCUGCUGCAGUAAAUAAAACAUAAGUUACCAUUUUUACACUUUGUGAAGUACAUCUAGGAUGAUAAAAGCUUUUAUUGGUGUAGUAAAUAUUAGUUGCUGGCAUUUAAGAGUAUUUGAUGUUUUUGGUGGCUGUUUCACUGCAUGUUUAAUGCAACGUCAGAGACUGGUGUUGGUCUUUUGAGUAGUGGAUGUUACUCACAUGCACUCUGACAAAGCUGUUCUGGAAGAAUAACAUUCCAGCAGCUCGGAGGCUGCUCACAGGAAGUUGGUUGUGAAUUCUGACAGGGUAAGCUCAUGUUGGUGUGGGCAGGUGGGAGACUGGGAGUUCUUCCCAUGGAACUUGUCAGAGAAAUGCAGGAGGCUUAGGCUGGCUUAGUUUUCCUUGGUCAUUCAAAAGCUUCGGGCUGUGUUAGGGGGAAAAAUGGUGGUACGUGGAGGGACUUUUCCAGCCCUCAGUCCACUAGGGGUGUGUUUUCUAUUUGAAGCAUAGAUCUGAAGAUGUGAGAAAUCAGGAAACGUUUCACCAGAAUCUUCUGGGCUCAGGAAACAAGCAGCAAGGGAGCUGGCUUUUUGUUUUUCUCUUAAGCCUGAUUUCCUAUGGAAAGUGAUUGAUGCUGUUUAUCCCUUUCUUUUUUCCUCAUUCUUUCCUUAGGUAUUUGCCAGUAGCUUUUGAAGUCACAGACAAAUUGCAGCCGUGUUUGUAGGAGGGAUAGAGAUCUCAGACUGUCACAUUCCUACAGUUUUGGGGAAGACAAACAAACUGGGUAGAGGGAAACCUCUCGGUACCCUUUCUUGAGAGAGACAGAGACGCUGUGCUGCAGGUUUGGCACUGAUUUGCUUUUCAGCAUGUGCAGGUCUCUGCUGUGCAGGAGGUGUUUGGGUAUAGGCUGGCUUGUUACUGUGGGGAAGGGGAGUGCUGAUGAAAGGCAGAGCUAUAGGAACUGUGCCCUACUGUCCUUUAAUGGGUAUUUUGAUCAUUAACUGAGGAAUUACUGUCCUGAUCAGAAUUAGGUGAUACUGUAGGUACUGAAGCUUAUAGCAUUGUGUUCAACUUGCAAGAUUCCCUUUGGUCUCAGUGGAGAGUUUUGUCCCCUCUGCUGGUAGGUCUGGAGAAAUUUCUGUUAGGCUUAAUGGAAUGGGGGAAAGUGAGGAAAACCUCAAGAAUUAAAAGUAAGCAAACUAAUGGACACUUUUCUGCUCAGUAAUGCCAAAUACUCUUUUCAAGCCUCUGUGACAGAUGUAAUAACUGAAGUUUCUGCAUCCUACAAAAUUUGUAAACAUUACAAUAUGUCAGUUAUGAAGUAGCAUAAUAGAUAUAAAAUAGUUACGUGGCUUUGACUUGUGCUUAUUUUAAGGUAGUUUUCAUAGUAACAAGUAUUCUGAAGAAAGCCAACUUUUCCUCUGUGCGUAGAAAAGCAAGUAGCAGCAUGAAUCAUGGCUUCCAAGAACUGUCAGAGUAGGAAUGCACGUUCUCCCCCUAUUCACACGCUUUCCUUGCUGUCAAUUUUAAUGAGGUAAUAUGAUUUAAUGAAGCUUUUCUUGCCAUCCACAGCAGCAACAUUCAUUAUAUGCAAUCAAGCUGCUGUUAGCAAGUGUGUGGCUGAGGGUGAAAGUAGAGUUUAGAACUUGUGUGCUGCUUUCAGUGAUGGCUUGUUAUCAUCUCAGUAACCGUGCUUAAAAUACAUUUCCAUGUCUAGCUGCAAUAAAUGCAGAAUUUCAGGUGAAAAUAUAUUUGUUGUUUUGAUGUUUUUUUCAGAUUGUAUAAUUUCUUUGCCAGCCACGCGGCGUUAAACAUUGUGCUGUGCUAAAGAUUUGCAUGGUGUUUCCCAGGUAAAGGCACAGUUCCAGCAUUGAAGAGUUUGUGAUCUAAAUGUCACUGAUAUAGAAAGUGAGGAGAAUGAUCUCAGAAAAGAGAACAAAGAUUCAAAUGAAUAACACUGUGCCAAAAAAGACUUUUGCUCAGAUGACAUCACAUUUGGACUACUAAAGCUAUCCACCCACUGUUCAAGGCAUAAUGGAUUUCUAGGUAAUUUAAUUUCAGCAAAUGCAGUGUGAAGCCCAUUCCUUCAUUUGCAAAAACCUCUGGAAAGUUAUUUGGAUGCUAUAUAUUGAAUGUUGGUGAAAUUAGUUCAUAAUUUAAUGCUUUUCUGCAGAAGAGGAUACUCCACGUUAUUCUUGAGAAGAACCAGCGUUUCAGCCCUAAACCAUACACUUUAACAAGUCCCAAAGUAUAAAAGGCAAACGUACAAAUGUCUACCACAAGACUAAAGUGUGCUAUGUUAUGUUUUUUACCAUAAGCACCCAUAAAAUGAGCUCCAUUGCAGACAGAAAUGAUGGAAGCAUUUUUGAUGGUCUGGUGGAAGAAGAUGACAAAGAUAAAGCAAAGAGAGUGUCUAGAAACAAGUCUGAAAAGAAACGUCGAGAUCAGUUUAAUGUUCUUAUCAAAGAGCUGGGUUCCAUGCUUCCAGGUAAUGCUCGGAAGAUGGAUAAAUCCACUGUACUGCAGAAGAGCAUUGACUUUUUACGGAAGCACAAAGAAAUUACUGCACAGUCAGAUGCCAGUGAGAUUCGACAGGACUGGAAACCAACAUUCCUUAGUAAUGAAGAGUUCACGCAGUUAAUGUUAGAGGCUCUUGAUGGUUUUUUUUUAGCAAUUAUGACAGAUGGAAAUAUAAUAUAUGUGUCUGAAAGUGUAACUCCUUUACUUGAACAUUUGCCAUCUGAUCUUGUGGAUCAGAGUGUAUUUAAUUUUAUCCCAGAGGGGGAACAUUCAGAAAUUUAUAAAAUUCUGUCUUCUCAUCUGCUGGAAAGCGAUUCAUUGACACCGGAAUACUUAAAAUCAAAAAAUCAGCUAGAAUUCUGUUGCCAUAUGCUGCGAGGAACAAUAGACCCAAAAGAGCAACCUACGUAUGAAUAUGUAAAAUUUAUAGGCAAUUUCAAGUGUUUGAAUAAUGUUCCCAAUUCGGCACACAACGGUUUUGAAGGAACUAUUCAGCGGUCGCACCGGCCUUCAUAUGAAGACAAAGUUUGCUUUAUAGCCACAGUUAGAUUAGCUACACCUCAAUUUAUCAAGGAAAUGUGCACUGUUGAAGAACCCAAUGAAGAGUUCACAUCUAGGCAUAGCUUAGAAUGGAAGUUCCUAUUCUUGGAUCACAGGGCACCUCCAAUAAUAGGCUAUCUUCCAUUUGAAGUUUUGGGAACAUCAGGCUAUGAUUAUUAUCAUGUGGAUGAUCUAGAUAAUCUGGCAAAAUGUCAUGAGCAUUUAAUGCAAUAUGGGAAAGGGAAGUCAUGUUAUUACAGAUUCCUUACAAAGGGACAGCAAUGGAUUUGGCUGCAAACACAUUACUAUAUCACGUACCACCAGUGGAAUUCCAGGCCAGAGUUUAUUGUCUGUACGCACACAGUUGUAAGUUAUGCAGAAGUCAGAGCAGAAAGGCGGCGAGAACUUGGUAUUGAGGAGUCUCUGCCAGAGAUAAAAGCAGAUAAAAGUCAAGACUCUGGGUCUGAUAAUCACAUCAACACGGUGAGCCUCAAAGAAGCUCUGGAAAGGUUUGAUACCAGCCCCACACCUUCUGCUUCCUCCAGGAGUUCAAGAAAAUCUUCACAUACUGCAGUAUCAGAUCAUUCAUCGACACCAACUAAAAUGACAGUGGACACUAGCACUCCCCCAAGACAAAGCUUAUCUGCUCAUGAAAAGUCUACACAAAGAAGAUCAUCUCUGAGUAGUCAGUCUUUAAGCUCCCAGUCUCUUGGACAACCAGUAACACAGCCAACGAUGUCGCAGCCUGCUACUUUACAGCUCCAGUCCAGCAUGUCCCAGCCUGUCUUUCAGUUUUCAGCUCAAUUAGGAGCUAUGCAGCACCUAAAGGACCAGCUAGAGCAAAGAACACGCAUGAUAGAGGCAAAUAUUCAUCGGCAGCAGGAAGAGUUGCGGAAAAUUCAAGAACAGCUUCAGAUUGUCCACGGUCAAGGACUGCAGAUGUUCUUGCAGCAGUCAACUUCUGGACUAAACUUCAGUUCUGUGCAGCUUACAUCUGGAAAUUCUUCAAGUGUUCAGCAACUUGCACCAGGAAACAUGCAAGGUCAGGUUGUUCAAACUAAUCAGACUCAAAGUGGAAUGAACACAGGACAUACAAGUACACCACACAUGAUCCAGCAACAGCCUUUGCAGAGCUCUGCAUCACAGCAUAAUCAGCAAAAUGUACUUAGUGGACACGGUCAACAAUCUUCUCUUGCCGGUCAGUCCCAGAACACAGUCUCAACACCUUUGUAUAACACUAUGGUGAUUUCUCAGCCAACAGCCGGAAAUGUGGUCCAGGUUCCUUCUAGCUUACCACAGAACAAUAACCAGAAUGCUGCUGCAGUAACUACUUUUACACAAGAUAGACAAAUCAGAUUUUCUCAAGGUCAGCAGCUUGUAACAAAACUUGUCACAGCCCCAGUAGCGUGUGGAGCGGUAAUGGUACCAAGUACUAUGUUUAUGGGACAGGUGGUGACAGCUUAUCCCACUUUUGCUGCCCAACAGCAGCAGCCACAGACUUUGCCAGUAACACAGCAACAGCAGCAGCAGCAGCAGCAGCAGCAGCAAAGUCAGCAAGACCAGCAGCAGCAGCAGCAGCAGCUCACUGCAGUUCAACAACCAGCUCAGCCACAGCUGACCCAGCACCCGCAACAGUUCCUACAGACAUCCAGGUUACUUCACGGAAAUCAGUCAGCUCAGCUUAUCCUCUCUGCUGCUUUCCCACUACAGCAAAGCACUUUUACUCAGUCCCACCACCAGCAGCACCAGCCGCAGCAGCAGCAGCUCUCACGGCACAGAACUGACAAGAUGACGGAUCCUUCCAAAGCGCAGCCACAGUAGCUGGGGGCUCUGCCUCUCUGGGAAGUCAGCUACCGGGAGGGGGCUGCUCCAUAACCACUUGCACUGAAGUUGCAGAGGUAGCAGUACAAAGCCUUUCUAACGCCGCGGUAUUGAGACCUACAGCUAACUUCUGGAAUCUGUUAAGGAAAACCACCAGGUGAUGGCAGGGACGUGGCCAACUUUGAUCGUUGUCCCGGUUUCUGUGCUCUAAAGGGUUUGCUGCCAUGUGUUAAUUUGUCCAGGUGAAAUCAAAAAAUGUGACUGAAAUGAGAGGGAUGCUGAAAAUAUUGGUAUUUUUUAUCAGUUCUGUACAUUUUUAAAGUACUAAAAUGGACACAGAGCAAUUGUUUGAUUUAGCAGAAAAAAAAUGCCAGGAAUAUAGCCCGACAAACAUCUAAUUUUUUCAGAUGAUUAUGGGACAGUAAAUAUUUUGAAAAUGUUGUGGGAAAUCCAGUUCUCUGUUGUACAGAUGCUGUAAAAUAUUGUGUAUAUGUCUGCAUAAAAGGAGAAAGAGCAAAAUAUUUUAUAUGAUGCAUGAAAUGUAAUCUGUUAUUUGUAGGUUUGAAUAUGUUUCCGCAGAUUUUCACGCCAUACUCAGACUGAUGUUUUCCUCUGUUCUGCCCCUUUGUUUACAACAUGCUGCAUCGUUACUUUCACCCUCAGUGUGGGCACAAGUCUCCCGUUUGUGCUUUGUCUGUGAUGUCCCAGUCUGUUCGGUGAGGUAUGGUGUGUUGGUCAGUUGACUUCUCGAGGUUAAAUUAUUGACGAAGCCGUUUGAACUGGUGAUCAUGCAUCAGGGUUCAGGGUGUUCAGGUUCAUGGGUAUCAUCCAUCGUUUCAUACCUAAUUCAUUUUAUUUGAGAAAAAAAAAAAAAAUAAUAGGAAUUUGCACUGCUUCCUUGCGGAUGGUUUGGAAUUUUAUUCCCCAAAGCUAUCUUUUGAUAUAGUUCAUAGUUGGAAAUAUUUAUGUAAAAUGUUUAAAAGCAAAAAAAAAAAAAAAAGACGGUAAUUUUCAAGAAUGUUUCAGUUAUAGGAGUAAUUUGCACAAGAAAUAUAUUUACAUUUAAUAACCUUUUGGGCACUUUUUAACCACUUUCUCUGUGGUGAGAAUUGUAACUUGUUAAAAUAUGUUGGAAUCUUUUUAUUCUCAUUCAAAAAUUAGAUCUUUCUUUAGUCAGAACUAAUUCAGGGUCAUUUUAACAGCGACAGAAAAACCCAUAGUGCCUUGAUUUUAAUUCAGGUGAUAAUGUUGAACAUCUUGACGUACGGUGUCUCGAAUCUGUAACCAUUCUCGAUUUUGAAGUCUUAGUGCAUUGUCAGCCAAACUCGUGUAUCUACUUCAUAGCUGUUUCUGCAUUGUGAUCUUCUCAAUAAUGAUCCGAGUUGAGAACGUGAGCGUUUUUUGAGUGCUGCUCCCCCUCAAACACUAAGUCAGAAACUGAGGAGUCUCUGCAAUCUCAGACCUUGAAGGUAUUGUUCUUGAAGAUGUAAAACCAGAGAGUACUCCUUUAGCCGGAGUAGGGAGGGUGUCCCGAUUUCAAAUAAUAACAGCCAAAAAUCAUUUCUGUAGUGUUUAGAGUAUGUCUCGGGGGAGCUCAUGGUCCAUUUAGGAGAUAUCACUGAACUAAGACUUCAGAAGGCAACUUCACUUUAUAAAGAAAAUAAAAAGUUCCAACAGAUACGAUGUGCUAUUUUAGGUAGGGUUUUAUGGUACUAGUUUGUGAAAACCACAACUUUAGAGGAAAAUAAACAAACGCAGAUAGAUCUGAGAAUUAAAGUAAAACAGCAAACGCAGUUAAAAUUAGUAGUAGGGAGAGAAAGCUGGAUUAAUCUUGAAUACCGAGGAGGAGAGUUGAAUGAAUGUAACCAAAUGGUGACGGACUGUUUUGUACUCUGGAACAGUUUGAUUGUAUUACUGGGUGAGCCAAACCCGCAGGAGGGUGGCACCAGUUCAGCGAGCGCUCCAUGCCGUUGAUGGCAUUUUGGGGCUGGCCUUUGCCUCUCCAGGUGUCCCACCAUUGCAUCUUUGUUGUUCCCCACUUACAAAGCAAGAGUUUGGUACCAAAAAGCACAGUCGUGAACAAGGAAGGAGCGUGAGAAAUACAGUACCAAAGAGAGUUAGAUUGCGUUCUGCUCCAAGAGGCCUCUCGCAGCAAGGAGGGGGUGCCAGUACCAGACAUAGCAAGGAGAAAUUCCCCUUCUCUAAAAGGAUUUCUGCCAUUCUCUGAGCUGGGAUGAGGGUCAGAAGCCCGCUGCUGUAGAGUUCCAUGUAACAAAGUUUGCCUUGCUCUGCUCUGCUGCCGCACCAUCCACCUGUUUCGAAAAUGAGCUGCGUUACCGGAGGUCUGUGCUAGCAGCACUGCUGCUUAAUGGAAGUAGGUUAGAGAAACAUUGUUAACCAUUUACAGUAAUAACAGAGCACUAAAAAAGAAAUCUGGGAGAGCUUUAAUAGUGCUGUUAGAACCACGGAAUAGUGGUAAAAUAGUUUUAUUAAGCUAUUAUACUGAGAAUUACAAAAAAUAGAGAUAACAGCCAGCCAGUUAAUGAUGCAGCUUUUUAUAUGAAGCUCCAUUUAAACUUCUCUUCCCAUUCCCCCCUUCCCCAGUACUCUCACGUGCUGCUAUAGGUCUGUUGGUAAAAUGCUGAACUAGGUGAGAGAAAAUAGAAGUCAGUGAUAGCAGGGCUGCUGAAAGAGAAUAAAGAAAUGUAAGCUUUGAUCAAGAAGCUUUUUGUAACCUCAGAGAGAGCUCAUUCAAUUGCAGAGCUACCAGCCAGUAGGCAAAGCAUAGAAGGUGGGGAAAUUCAAAGAAACUGGAAAAAUACAGCAUCCUUUUGACAAACACCUACCGUGAAUCGGGCAAACUUUAUCCAAAAGUAUGUAGAACUCAUUCCAUGUUCUGUGCAAGGGUGCAAAUGCUUCGUUUCACAGCUGCUGACUCAAAGGUGUAUAUUUCAGGUGUCUGCGGCUUCCCCCUUGCUGGAUCAAUUGCUGAGCUGUCCCUGAUUUUAGUGGGAAGAGGACCAGGCUGUCGCCUCUUUCUUAAUCAGCCUUUUGCUUCUGCCUGAAUCAUUUACUACAGUCAUAGAUUAUUUGCAACAUCCUAAUCAAUAGCAUGAUAAGGAAUGCUGCGAUGCUGCAGGUUCUGGGGUGCAGAUGUUACAGAAUGACUCUGACAGAAGGGAAGGAGUCUGUUAAGGAGAGGGUUGUAUUUGUGAAGGCACGGUCCGGUGGUACGGAACGGAGUGAAACAGACAGAGUUGCAUGGAGUUUAGAAGACAGACAUUGUUCGCCUGUGAUGGGCGAGGAUUUGAAGAAAAGCUUCUAGGAAAAUUACAGAGAAAAAGAAUAUAUAGCUAUUUUUAUAUUAUAUUUAAUAUAUAUUUGUAUAUAAAUAUGAAAAGAUUCUAGUAGGAGCUCUCCGUAUGCCUUCCAUUUCAUCUAGAAGGUUUACCUUCUGCACUAUGGUUCCGGUGUGUCGCCACUCGUGUGGGCAUCCUGCCUGCUGCCAAACACCAAAAUCAGUAACCCAGUAUCCUUACAACAGGUAGGUUUCAUUUCAGCUUUAUGUAAAAAAUUAAUUAAAAGAAAGCUCUAUCAGGCAGUUUUUCAUGGAAAGAGAAAUUCUCUUAAGAUUCAAAUAGCACUUUCUAUCUUUUAUUUUAUGUUUAUUUUUUUGGAGUAAUAAGAAGCACUUUACUGAAAAGACUAUUUGAAAAGCAGUUUAUUUCUUUAGUCAGUGAAACUGUUAAGGGGGGGCAUCGAGGAAUAAUGUGUAAAACUGUCAAACAGAGACAUUUCUGGAAAAUGUUUCUGGAAUACGGUGAUCCUUUGAGGCUCAAAGUGCAAGAUGAGAAAGGCUCGUAGAACUGGUUGGCUUCGUGUUUUACAUGGCGUGGGGAAAGGAUGAAUGGAUGAUGGCUUCCUUUGGAGGAGACCUUUUACGUUGCACAGUUGCCUAUGAGAGAGACUCAUCUGGAGGCCCACCUGCCUGCUCAGUAAUUCUAAGUGUCCCUUAGGAUUAUAACGUGUGUGACGGUGUACCGCAGGGUUAAAGAUGUGGCCUUGUGCAGAUGUUGAAGUCGAUUCAAAAACCAUGCAUACGUUCAGAGAACUUAACCCGGGUAUUGCGAUGAGUGCUGUAGAUGUCGCGGCGUCGGGAGAUGUCGGACGCCACAUUCAUGAGUUUCUGUAUUUGAAAUCGUUCUUAAAAUUAGAUGUACAGUCAGAGGACUGGAAAAAAAAAAAGGUUAUUAUUUUGAUUAAAAGGAGAGAGACUAGUUUUAAUAAUUAACUUUUUAUUUUUUUACUUAUCCCUGGUGGAAAAAAAGUUGAAGAGUUAAAUGAAUUUGGAUUAAAAAAGACGUAUUUAAACCAAUUACAGUAGGUGAGACAACUGUGAGCGGACAUUCGAAACUGUUGUGGUUGUCCUGAGACUGGAUGGUUGCUUUUUCAGUAUCAUGAUUUGUAACACUACAUUCCUUGUCUUUCUUUUUAGCCAGGUGAUUUAAGCUCUGUUGUACUUCAUGCUGUGUCAUCUGCAUGAGUUGUGCCAGCAUGAUAACGCUCUAUUCAAAGAAAUUGUACCUAAAUAAAAAGGAGGGAAAAAAAAAACCCACAAAACAAAACACUGUGUCUGAACAAAAUACUGUGUGGCCUAUACAGAGAGCCUAGCUAUGACUGAGAGAUGCUGCAUUAAUAGACAAUCAGUGGGUAAAUUAUUUAUGGAACACUUUUGGGAAUGGUCUUAAAGGCGUUACUGCUUUGAAAGCAGUUGGUGAGUCGUGCUUUCUAAGAAGGAAGGUAAAACCUAUUUAUUUUAAAAUACAUCGGAUUGAAUGUUGAGUUUUUAAGCAGUGUUGAUUUCACAGCGUCUCGGGUUCCAGUUUUGUUUUGUAUUUUUUGAACUGGCAUUUGCUCUGUAUUCGUUCACCAACGACCCCUAAUGCCGCUCAUAUUGACGUCAGGAAAUGUAGAUGCAGUUCCCUGGUGUUCGUGUGACCAUUACUAACUGUCAAUUUUUUUUUUUUUAAUUGAAUAAAUGUAACGUUUAAAAUUUUGCUUUUUGUAGCUUCUAAAGGUUCUAGAAUUUUAUUUUUUCCUGAGUUCCUUCAUGUCACUUCGGUAAGAGUUUCACAGUGAAGUGCUCUCCUACCCUUCCCACAGAUGUAACAAAGGCACUCUCUACCCCCCAACAACUGACGUGUGAGAAGUUGCUUGAUGUCAAUUUUACCUUCUCUCCCUCCCCAGAGAAAUGACUUGUGAGACUUCAGUAAAAAUGCAUACUGUA